AUGUCUCUGCCCGGUCUGCGAGGCACUUCGCGAGCCCUUCGUGGCUUUGCCAAGCCCAUUGUGGCCGCUCGACGAGCCAAGUCAUCCAUAGCUUUGGACGGACAGCAACAGCUCCUCGCCACUCAUCUACAGCAGGCCGAUCCCACUGUAUUCGAUAUCAUUGAAAAUGAGAAAAAACGCCAGAAGCACUUCAUCAACCUGAUUCCUUCUGAGAACUUUACCUCCCAGGCCGUCCUAGAUGCUCUUGGCAGUGUUAUGCAGAACAAGUAUUCUGAAGGCUAUCCUGGUGCUCGAUACUAUGGCGGCAACGAGUUUAUUGAUCAGUCGGAGCGUCUCUGCCAGCAACGAGCUCUGGAAGCUUUUGAUCUUGACGCUGCGAACUGGGGCGUCAACGUUCAAGCUCUUUCUGGCGCUCCCGCCAAUUUGUACGUCUACUCUGCGCUCAUGAACACCCAUGACCGCCUGAUGGGUCUUGACCUUCCUCACGGCGGCCACCUGUCCCACGGCUACCAGACGCCAACCAAGAAAAUAUCCUUCAUUUCCAAGUACUUCGAGACGCUCCCAUACCGACUGGAUGAGUCUACCGGUCUGAUCGACUACGACAAGCUCGAGGAGCUUGCGCUCAUCUACCGCCCCAAGAUCAUUGUUGCCGGCGCCAGUGCCUACAGCCGUCUUAUCGACUAUAAGCGCAUGCGCGAGAUCUGCGACAAGGCCAACGCCUACCUGUUAGCCGACAUGGCUCACAUCUCCGGCCUCGUUGCUGCCAAGGUCCUCCCCGGCCCCUUUCCCUACGCCGACAUCGUCACCACCACCUCCCACAAGAGCUUACGAGGCCCGCGAGGAGCCCUCAUCUUCUUCCGCAAGGGCGUCCGUCGCACAAACCCCAAGACCAAAGUUGACGAGAUGUACAACCUCGAAGGCCCCAUCAACACCUCCGUCUUCCCAGGCCACCAGGGCGGUCCUCACAACCACACCAUCACGGCCCUCGCCGUCGCCCUCAAGCAGGCCCAAGGGCCCGACUUCCAUGCCUACCAGUCCCAGGUCCUCGCCAACGCCAAGGCCUUCGCCAAGCGCCUCGGCGAAGACAAGGGCAAGGGCGGCCUCGGAUAUAGCCUCGUCAGCGGCGGCACAGACAACCACCUUGUCCUCGCGGACCUCAAACCCCACGGCGUUGACGGCGGCCGUGUCGAGCGUAUCCUCGAGCUCGUCGGCGUAGCCGCCAACAAGAACACCGUUCCCGGCGACCGCUCCGCCCUCGUCCCCGGCGGCCUCCGAAUGGGCACCCCGGCCAUGACCACCCGCGGCUUCAACGAGAACGACUUUGUCCGCGUCGCCGACAUUGUCGACCGGGCCGUCACCAUCGCCGCCCGCAUCGACAAGACUGUCAAGGCCGCCGCCAAAGAGCGUGGUGAAAAGAGCCCUGGCAAGCUCAAGCUGUUCCUCGACCACGUUGGCAACGGCAACUCGGAGUCCGAAAUCGUCCAGCUGCGAAGUGAGGUUGAGGAUUGGGCUGGUACCUUCCCCUUGCCUUGGGAUGCUUCUCAAUAA